CUCCGUCGCCGUACCCUCCGAUCAUCCGUCGCUUGGCUCUUGACUUCGUUGCUUGUUUCCACCCCUGUCACAACACCAUCACCGCGUAACGCAACCAUGAGCGAGCUGCCGACCACCGAGAAGCCCGUGGGCUCCAAGGCUCUUCACCCAGCCUUCUUCAUCGCGAGCUGGAUUUUCUUCUCCAACUUGACCAUCCUCUUCAACAAGUGGCUGCUUGACACAGCCGGCUUCAAAUACCCCGUGAUCCUCACCUUUUGGCACCUCGUCUUCUCCACUCUGGCAACCCAGGUGCUGGCGCGCUUCACCUCCCUCCUCGAUGGCCGCCACAAGGUCAAGAUGACGGGCCGCGUCUACCUGCGCGCCAUCAUGCCCAUCGGCGUCCUCUACUCGGGCUCCCUCGUCUGUUCCAACCUCGUCUACCUCUACCUCUCCGUCUCCUUCAUCCAGAUGCUCAAGGCCGCCGCCCCCGUCGCCGUCCUCUUCACCAGCUGGAUUUGGGGCGUCGCCGACCCCUCCAUGAAGACGUUCUACAACAUCCUCCUCAUCGUCGGCGGCGUCGGUCUCGCCUCCUUUGGCGAAAUCGAGUUCUCCUGGAUCGGCUUCAUCUUCCAGAUGGGCGGCAUCAUCUUCGAGGCCAUCCGCCUCGUCAUGAUCCAGGUCUUGCUGAAAGGCGACGAGAACGCCCAAAAGAUGGACCCCCUCGUCAGCCUCUACUACUACGCCCCCGUCUGCGCCGUCAUGAACUUCUUCGUCGCCUGGUUCAGCGAGUUUGGCAAGUUCAACGUCGAGGACUUUAACAAGGUCGGCUUCACCAUGCUGCUCCUCAACGCCAGCGUCGCCUUUGCCCUCAAUAUCUCCAGCGUCUUCCUCAUCGGCAAGACGUCAGGCCUCGUCAUGACCCUCACCGGCAUCCUCAAGAACAUCCUCCUCAUCGUCGUCUCCGUCCUCAUCUGGCACACCAGCAUCACGGCCCUGCAGUUCAUCGGCUACGCCAUCGCCCUGUUCGGCCUCGUCAUCUACUCCACCGGCUGGGACCAGCUCAAGGCCUCGAGCGCCGGCGCCGUCGCGUGGUCCCGCGGCGUCUGGAACUCACACGCCCUCGACGAAGGCCGCCUUUCCCCUCUCCUCCGCCGCGCCAUCUUCUUUGGCUUGCUCACCCUCACCACCCUCAUGGUCGUCAUGGGCUUCGCCUACAAGGGCGCCGCUGCGCCGGCGGACUGGUUUGCCAAGGUGGGCGCCGUCAGCGCCUAGAUGUGUUGUACUUUUUUUUUUUUUCCUUUUUCCAUCAUCAAAGCCUGGAGUUUUGGGAUAGCGCGUUGUGUACAAAGAGAACAUUGGGAUCAGAAAAUCAUGGAUUCGGGGUAGGGUUGAUGUUGAAGUUUUGGAACGCGCAGGCUUUUGGGGGUCUUUGGGUCUAGGCCGCCCGGUGUUGUAAUAUUGUAUAUCAUGAGCAGCAUGCAUCAUAGGCACAGCUUUAGAAUACAUGAUCUGAACGACGUGCCCCUCGUCUCUGAACCCGCAUGA